AUGGGUCUAGAAGGUUGUCGACCUAGUUCCUUGCCUAUGGAACAAGGCUUAAAACUAGAGAAAGGGGACGAAGAACCUCGUGUUGAUGUUGGGCAAUACAAGAGAUUGAUAGGUCGUCUCUUAUACUUACAAGCUACGGGAUCCGAUAUCGCCUACUCAGUUAACUUACUUAGCCAAUUUGUGGCUGAUCCAAGACAACCACACCUUGAUGAAGCCAUUCGGGUGGUCUGUUAUCUUAAGAACACAUUGGGCCAAGGAAUUCUUUUGCCUAAAUCUGGGGGCAUGGGUCUGGUGACUUAUUGUGAUUCCGACUGGAUGGGUUGUCCAUUUUCUAGACGUUCUCGUACGGGUUAUCUUCUUCUGUUAGGUGGGGCUCCCAUCGCUUGGAAGUCAAAGAAACAAUAA